CCGCCUACUCAAGCUCAUUCUACUGAAGCUGAACGCGCUAGCAGUACUGUCCGGUUACAAGACCGGCUACUAGAACUCACACUACUUCAUGAUACUUCAUUAUAAAUACGGAUUUUUGGGGUUAUCAUAAAAAGUACUGGUUUUUAAUCGUAUUCUAACUGUGUGAACGUCUCAGUCUACUUGCCCAGCAGACAGCAUUUUUUCAGGCGAAGGUAGCUUCUCAGACCCAGAUAACCAGCAGAUAACCAGCAGGCCUGGCGGAGAGAACCAGCACAGACCCAGAGAGAGGGAGGUCAGUGCCAGAACAGAGCCCAGAAAGAGGGAGGAGAGAGCCCAAAAAAAGUAUUGACGGACAGGCGAGGGGAAGAAGAGAUCCAUGGAUUAGGGGCUAAUCCAGUCUACGACCAAUCCCCUGAGGAGACCCCCCUUUUUCCUUCUGAAAACUCAGACAGCCGCCCGGAUUACUGCAUUAAACUUAUUACCUUUUAGAGACUUCUGUUUUUGUUCUUUUUUUCUGAAACCAGCUGGUGCUCAGUUUCAGCCGUGCUCUAUCAGAUGCCUGGAGUGUGGGCGGCUGGAUUUGCGUAACUCUGAAAACAAAGGAUCAGAAGGAGAGGAGGAGGACAGAGCAGGGUAUGGGGGGAUGCUGGAACGUUUAGGAGACAUCUAGGAGCGUUCUUUAAAGACGUGUGGGGAUAAACCUUCGGGCUCCGGCUGUGUCUGCGGGAGUCAGACGAGAGGUCAAAAAGUCUCUCUCUCUCUUUCUCUUUCUUUCAACCAUGAGAGAGAAUCUGCUUUGCUUCACAUUCACACACAAGCUGAGCAUUGCAUGAUUGCUUUUGCGUCUGCAGCUCACAGUCACACAGGAGAGUUAGUCAGGGAUGUUGAGGUGGUGGCUUGAACUGUAAGUAUAUGAAGUCUGGUUAUGAGUGUCUGGUUCAUGCUCUCGAGAGGUUAAGACUAUCUGAAAUUCAACAUCACACCUAAUAGAAGUCUGUUGGUCUGGUAAGUAGACCCCUGGUACUGCUCUCUCUAUCUCUCUCUCGCUCCUCUCUCUCGCUCUCUCUCUUUCCAGUCUGUGGUAUGAGGCGUGCUUCCUCCCUCUGUGCUGCUACCAGCUGCCCCUCUUAAAACGCCAGCCAGUGGAGACCUAAAGGAGAGGGCCUGGGACUGUGGUCAGGAGCAAAUUAAAAGGCUGCUUUAACCCUGACGCAAUCCCAUUCAGAGGUCUGCUCCAAGUCAUUAAUGAAGACAGGCUAUCGCGCGUGGGAGGGCCUCUGAAGUGGAAAGCUCUAAAAAGAACAAGAACACCUUGUCAGUGUACGUUACACUAUCAAAUUAUUACAGAAAGCAAUAUCCAUUACUUUGCUGGAUAAAGAUAACAGGAAAAGUCCAUUAUUUGCAUACCUCCUGCCAGUGUUGACUUACUGGGGUAUUUUGUGCAAUAAAAGUCAGCUAAGUGAUUUUCUUAUCAGUACAUUUGUCGGUAUUUUAUGAAUUUUGGGCUAAAAAUAGAACACGUUUUUUUCUGGUGGAAUAUAUUUUUCAUGUUUGAAAACAAGAUUUGGGGCUUCUGGUCAGAUCAGUUAUAAGUGUUGAAUUAGGGUCUCUGCUCUGCUUUUAUAGAGAUUUUGCAAAUGUAUUUCGGGGAAAUAUGUGAUAUGAUUAAGUAGCACUCAUGUUGUAACAAAACACAGGACGAGAGAGAGACAAAAUACCCUGAAACUCUCAGACAAAAAAAACAGACUUACAUUUAAUUUGUUCUCGAGGGCAGUGACAGGAGAGUCACUGUGGUCUACAUUUAGAAGGUUCCAGAACAGUGGACUUUGAAACCCGGAACUUUGACGACUAACAGCAGGCAAGGGUCUGUAGAAAAACCUGAUCCAGUUACUUUAUGACUGAAUGUUCCAGAUAGUGAUGUGUUCUGUCAGAUCUCCUACCUGGUUCUACAUCUUUACACUAAAUCAGUCUCUAGCAUAGAAAGUCCCCUCAUGGUUACUGGACUGUUAUAGCUGCGUUUGAGCCUCUUCUAGACAGAGAAUUGAAUAACGUUUUGUGCUUUCUUUUAAUAAAUGUUUCCAGUGUACAACCACAGGAGGGAUAUUUGCAGCUAAAACUCGGGUUAUUCCUAAGCUGAUGUUUUAUAAACCCAAAGCCUAAAACAACUGUUGAGCAUAGCGUCUCUGACCACACUCAAACUGGCAGUGGAUUCCAGGAACUGAGCUGCAUACUUUUUUCCUCCAUUUCUCUCCACUUAAUCCAGCUGGGUAUGGAUGACAACAAACAGCAGAAAAUGGGACUGAAAUUGCAAACAGCACAUGAUAACAAGAGAAUACAAUAGACAUCUCCAUUACUGAGGUUGACCCUACAAGACCUGGUGGUGGAAUUCUAUUCAAAACCUAAACGAUCACGAUCAUUACUUUUGAGCCACACAAUCCCCCUGGGAGAAUUUCUGAAGCAAAUCUUUCACCAAAGAUAUUUAAAUUCCUUUGCCAUCCCUACUUUCAGUGGAUUUAAAGGGAUUUUUGUAAUUUUGCCAUCACCAUGAACCUGGGGAAGAUCCCUGGGCUGAAGGGCCUGGUGGCCGGCUCUCACGGUAAACGUCAUUUCAAGGGUGACCUCACCUUGGACAUGAUCAGCCCUCCGCUGGGAGACUUCCGUCACACCAUGCACGUGGGCCGCGGAGGGGACGUGUUCGGGGACACUUCGUUCCUUAGCAAUCACGGCGGGGCUGCCAACGGAAACGAGGAUGAUGUUUCCGUCACAAGUCCUGACAACAAGAUCGGGGCUUUCUUCUCCCGGACCCUCCGGCAUGUUCGGAAGACACCAGAGCAUCCCAGGGGGGGGUCGAAGGACCUGUCCCCGCCACCCCCUCCCAUCUCCCCCAUCAUCAAGAACGCAGUGUCUCUCCCCCGGCUGGAUGUGGACGGCUGCCCUAUUAAAAACCUCUUCCACACCCCUCCUACCUCCCUGGAUGAGACCACUUAUGGUUAUGGUCUGGAGUCAGGUUUCGUCACUCUGCCCCGCCUCUCACGCUCAGCGGAGCGUCAGUCGCAGCAGGGAGGCUCUAACUCCUGUACCCCCAACACCCACGGCGGCUCGCUCACCGACGUCUCUGCCCUCCUGUCCUCCUCCGCUGACCCGACCCUGACCUCUGACCCCGAACACAUGACCCGGUUCGACUCCUUGUCCUCCAUGGCAUCCUUCACAUUCGACCUGGGGCCCUCCCUCAUGAGCGAGGUGUUCGGUUUGAUUGACAGCCCUAAUGGCCACCCAGAGCCCAGCCACACCUGGGAGGCAGAAGAGGCGGAAGAGCCAAGUGGCUUUGCGUUUGGGUUUGCAACCAAUGAAGGCUCGGAGAUGGACUCGGAGAUGGAUGCCACCACUGCCUCAUUGGUGGAUUCUCUGCUUCGAGAGGACUGUAGUAGCAGCAGGAAGAGUCCAUAUGGGAUGGAGUGGGAAGAGGAGGAAGAGGAGGCUAGGAGAAUGAAGGUGAACGGAGGUGACCAGCAUCUUAAAGGGGCGGUGCCUGAUUUAGUUAUGGGCUCCCCCUCUAGACAGAGGCUUACUAUGGAGAGUGAGAGGUUCCAGGGUUCCGCUGAUGUGCUGGGGGUGCUCUAUGGGGUUGGAGGGCUCCUGAAGGGGCAGCAGAGGAUGGAGCUGGAGGGAAAGGUGACCAUGUGCCAGACCAUGAAGAAAACCCCUUACAUCUGCAUUACACCUGAUGAGGAGGAGGAGGAGGAAAUCAAAGUCUGAACUACAAUGACAGCCUCAAUUUUGUUUAACCAGAAUUACCUACAACAGAUUUCCCACUGUGUACACACUGGUUGAUUCAAUGUUGUUUCCAUUUCAUUUCAAUUAAAUGACGUUGAACCAACAUGAAAUAGACGUUGAAUUGACGUCUGUGCCCAGUGGGUUGUGAUUAUUGGUUAAUUCCUUGUAAAGUCUUUUGUUUUAAGAAACUGGCUCUAUUGACCUGACUCAGCUUUGAAUCCUUCUUCUUCAUAAUUUUCCAAUAUUCCUUGCAGAAAUGUAAUGUUAUGUCGUCAGAAGACUCACUUAAAGACUUUGAUUGUUCCCAAAUUGUUCCCAAAUGUAAUGGAAAGUAUGUUUGUUGACAGACUCACUGAAAGAUUAUGGAGGCUGAAAGUUCCCCAAGCAAACAUGUUGUAUGGAAGGAGCUAGAACAGGCUAAUAAUAGCUAACUACAUGUCCUUUUAAAAGGUCAGUGGAACCAGUGGUGAACAAAGAAAUAAAGAGAUGGGGUAGAAAGUGUGAGAAUGUACCAGAGAAAGUGGUUGGACACAGAGGAGUUACCAUGGAAACCAUAGGAGGUUGGUUGCACAUUAAUUGGGGAGAACAGACUCGUGGUAAUGACUGAAGUGGAGUAAGUGGAAUGGUAUCAAAUACAUUAAACACGUCGUUUUUCCAGGUAUUUGAUGCCAUCCAUUUGUGCCGUUCUGGCCAUUAUUAUUAGGUGUCCCCCCCCCCCCCAGCAGCCCCCUGUGAUGGAAACACUAAAUAUGUUGCUCAACAGUGUGUAAGUCAGUUAACAGCUGGUUAAAUAUAUACUGUGUGGACUUCCUGAGAAAAAUGCUCAAUGUGUGACUUCAUAUAACUAUUCAAGGCAGAAGGCAGGACACGAAGACAAAGCAGUAGCGGUUUCAACCCAACUUCAUCUUUCCCUCACCACCAACCAGUCCCAUGGGAAAAAACUACGCCAAGAGAGAGAUCUUAACUCUUAGCACGUGACGUUAACUUCAGGAAAACAAUCCCCUUUUGCCUGAAGAUUACACCCAAGACAAACACUUCAUAUUCUACAGAUACAGUAUGAAGCCCAAACCAUGAGAAAUUCACUCAGAAAUGAAAUAGAAGAGGAUAAUUUUGUACAAUGUAAUAAUCACAAGUAUAAUGUUGUUACGGUAUGUUUGUUAAUUCACAUAUUUACAUCAUACCCCAUUUAGACAUGUUUCCCAAAUUCAUUAUGGGUCUAGCUAACUCUCAUCUUGUUUGUCUGCUAUUGUGUCAACCAAUGGUUGAAUCCUAUUUUUAGACUAUAUUUAGAAAAACUGUGUCCCCCAUUUGCAUAAAUGUGCUGCUAUUGAUACCAAUGAUAUUUCUAUAAUGAUAAAUGAAAUAAAAUGUUUUUAAUAAG